GCCUGGACGUUUAAUUUAGUCCCGUCGGUACAUAAAGUGAUUAAUUCAAGUAUUACACCAGGAUCAAUUCUACUAUUCUCAGCCAACUUGUUUUUCUCUGAGUUUUCAGGAGAAGCAUAACAAACAUCAUGCAUUUACAUAGUCGAAGACGCUCUCUUGCCAUCAAGACAUAAACUUCAGGAGACAAUAAUCGGCUGAGUCUGUUCAGAGAAGUUUGAAGUUUGAAUCUAUGAUCUCAGAUGUUGUUUGACCCUUCAAGGUUGUCCUUAGUAUUUAUGGUUAUUUAAACGUUUUGUCACAUGGUUCUACUCAGUUCGUUGCACUAACAGGUCAAUUAUAUUCACCUUCAACGUUAAAAUUUCAAAUUCGUCACUACGUGUUUUGAUUGAAUUCUAUGUCUGUAGUCAAGUUUACAUUAUCUAGUGAUGACCAAGACGGUGUUCCAUGCCCAGAUUCUAUUCCCUUGAAAGUUGAUGAAAUAACAAAAAGUAUAGUCGGUCAUCUUAAAACUCAGUGCUCAAAAAUUCUCUCUGGAAGCUGGUCUGAUACAAAUAAUUUCUGUGUUGAGCUAUCGAAGAGUUGUGGACUAAGCAAUUAUUUAUAUAUUGGAUAUUUAAAUAAUGAUAUUAUUUCUUUUGAAAAUGAACCACGUAAAGUACUUAUUCGAGUAUAUGGUGAAGUAUUGAGAAGUUGUACAGACUCGAUUAUCUCUGAUUCAGUUAAUUUCGCAUUACUUUCGGAAAAAAGGAUUGGGCCUAAACUUCAUGGUGUAUUUCCCGGUGGACGAAUUGAAGAAUUUAUUGAGGUAAAAUUGACCUAAUUGCCUUUUGUUAGUUAAAUAAUGGUUUCUGUAAUGCACUUCUUGGAACUUCCAGAUUGAUAUUUCAUUAGAGAAGUUGUUUAAUGUUUUGCUCUGACGACGUAGAGAUCGAAUAAUAGCUCUAUGAAUUAUAGGAGCUUAUUGUUAACUAACGAUUUAUAACACAUUACAGUCGUUCUUGACCCACGUGCGUAGUGACAAGGGGAGGUCCAGACCUUUAACUACACAAGAACUUCCACUAAUUAUUGAAGUAGCAGCACGGCAUAUGGCUUAUUUUCAUAAAUUAUCCAUGCCAUUUUCAAAAACCCCAUCAUUCAUAAUAAGAAUGUUUGAUAAAUAUCUUAGCCAGUUGACAAGCACACCUGAACAUUUACAUCGUCCAUCUCCAAAUUUUUCUUCAAAUACUUUAUCUGAAUUAGAAGCAAAAGGUUUCUCUUUUGCUAAUGAUGGACAUAUAUUGACGGAACCAUCUUACGAAGAAGCUAGAAAUAUGGUAUAUGAAUUAUCUCUCAUAGAGGAAUAUAAUUGGAUAAAAGAAAAAUUUGAAGUUCAUUAUGCUGAAGUAUUCCCAAUUGUAUUUUGCCAUAAUGAUUUCCAAGAAAGUAAGUUUAUGAUUUUCUUAUGUUUUUAAUCAUCGUAUGGAUUGUAUUUAAAAAUAAUGAUAAUAACAAUGUUUUCCUACCAUACCGCGUUAGAUUAUACACCAUUUGGUGGAUUCAACUCAUAAUUAUUAAGUCAAUUUUGUAUUCAACUGUGUAUCAUGUGAAACUAUAACUUUCACAGUUGUUUAGAAUUACUAAUCGAUAAACCACCACUCACUUAAAAGCGUUUACUUAUUUUACAGAAUUGUAUUGCUAUUUUUAGUUUAGCAAAUUGUUUAGUCAAUUAAGUUUAGUCUGUAAAUAAGUUUUAAGUCUGUGUUAAAUGUGUUGUGGAAAUUGGAAAUGUUUUUACUUUUUCAACGUUACUAUACAAACAAAGAUGGAUAGUGACUAGCAGUGGAAUCCAGGACACGCGUUUCUUCCUGUUUGGGACUCGUCAGCUGGAUGUACCUGCAUCUCAGAGUUAAUGUUCACUCCGGGACUCGAACUCAGUACCGUUCGCUUCAAACACCAUCGCGUUAUCCACUUAGCUACUGAGUCCUGAUAGCCACUUGCUUGUGCAAUGGGGUGAAGUUUAAUUUACUUGUUUUACUUGAAUCUACCCAUUGAUGUUUUAGGACUGAAAGAUAAUAUUCAAUUAGUUUAGUCUUCUGAUGAAUUUAGUAAAGCAGUUGCAAAUCCCAUGUGUGUAUUAGGGAUGAUAUUUUUAAGGAUCAUCUAGUCACUACAACAAUUAUUAUAUGAUGACUCAGAAUGACCAUCUUGUACUAAUCACUCACAGGUACAUGUCGAGGUAAAGAAUAAAUCAAGCCAAGACAUACUUAUUUAUCUGUAUUUGUGUGCAUUCUCAACCAUCGCCUACCUCGACGUGGUAUGUUUGUUGAUGUAGUGGUUGGUUGGGUGGGGAAUCAAACCAGAAUGUGAGAUCAAUUAAUUGUGUCAUCGACUAUUAGACUGAACCACGUUUGAUAAUUUCAAAUUAUCUGGUAAUGGUCCACGUGCUUAUCGUGACCAAUUGUUGGAAAUGGCUGAUAAGGGUUCGGAUUUGUCACAAUGGUACAGAUGUAUUCACUCUUUAUCUUCGCUUAAAACUUGAGCUUUAGAUUUAUCUUGUAUUUUUUAUUCCAUAGAUUCAUUCUUAAAUCACAUUGUAUAUACCUAACAUUUUCUACUAUUACUAAUACUGUUACUAGUUGUACUGCCUUGGAAUGUGUCUUGAUAAUCUGAUCUCGCUUUGUUCAUGUGGUGUGGUGACAACUUGGACCGGACUCAUUUAUGUUCUAGGACCCACGUUACUAGUGACUAACUGACUUAUCUCUUACGGAACUAGUUACCUAAAUCAUUCAUCAAAGGAUAUCUGAUAUGUUAAAGACAGCACCUUCCAGUCUAGCUUCGUAAAGGAUAACGUAGACUGACCAGAUUAUAUAUAUGUAUUUGACUAUAACCACGUAGCUUUGGUUCAUCAUCCGAUAUUGUUUGUGAAUAAAGUUUAAUUUGGUGAAGUGGUGUUUUUGUGAAUAUUUCCGUCUCCAGGUUUGAUGACUUCACUAAUAUUGUUUUAUUUAAAUUCUUUUGGUUGUAUUGUAUCUUCUAAACUUAUUUCGACACAAGAUCAGUGUUCUUGUUCUCUUAAGUAAAUCACAAGUUUUAUAAUUCAAGUUGGCUUAUAUUUUUCUUUUUGUAGAAAUUUCAUUAUGUAACUCUUCUUCAAGUUACUGCAUUUUUGUGUAUAUUCGUCUGCUAUCUUUAUGAAUUCGUUAUCUGAAUAAGUAAUUCUCUUCCGGAAAUUUUUAUUUUUAACACACGAUAGCUUAAUUAUUUUGAUAUGGCUUCUAAAAGAACGUCUUUUACGUGCUGAUCACUAGUUAAAUCAAAUGGAUACUUCUUUUCAGGCGUUAAUUAGAUAGUAUUCUAUAUGAAUAGAUUUUAUUCAGACUAUUCCAACAGUUUGUUAUUUAAUCUUCAAGAAUAUUUCUAAAUUAGUUACAAUGUUUCUUUGAUUGUAUUAAAAUUAAUUAUACAGACAUUGCAUGUUUGAAUUUUAAAGCAUUAUGUGUCAUCUUAUUAAAUUUCUUUGUGAAGAUGGAUUUCACCGUUCCUUAGGAUUUAAUACGUCUCACUUGCAGUAUAUGAUGCUAAAAUAUAUGAGUUUCUCGUGAGUUUAUUCAACUCACGUUCAGGCUAAAACAAUCAGGAUUGACCUAGACAUUGUUAUUUUGGGGCUAGUGAUACUGUCCAGUUGUCUAAACCAAACUUGAUGAGGUAGAGUUCGAACAUGCAAUUUUAUAGUGAGGAUUUUGUUGAAAUCACAAACCACUAUCAAUUAAACAACCACUGAAUUCUAGGAAGCACUGGACAUGUGUUUUGUUUUAGCGUGGAGCUCGUUGGCAGUGUGCACCCACGACCUUACCAGCGGCGAUCAAACCUAGGGCGUUUGGCUUCGUAUGCGAACGCUUAACCUUUAACUCAAUGGGCCGGUAUCCGAUGUCGUACGAGUCUAACUUCAAUCGAUGCACAAUAUUAUUGAACAUCUUCCGUUGUUUGCGUUGCGUACCUUAUUUAUGCUCCGUACAAUCGAGCUCCACUGAUGAGAUAUGUCGAAUUCAGCGGCGGAAAUUGUAAAUAAUUUGCAAAUAUUAAAAAUAGCAACCAAAAACAUCCAUAUUCUUUUUUCUAUGAAUUGUGAUUUACAUGAACACAGAACCUAAAAAGCUAACAACACUACUGAAUUUUGUUGAUCAAAGUAAGACUAACAAAAACAUUUAAUCCAACUACGCUACUAUUUUAGUGUCACAAGAUUAGAUGGAAAAAAGUUUAUCCAAAAAUUUGGCGUUAAACCAUUUAGAUUUAUGUUUCACCAUUAUUAUAAUGUAGUUCAUAUAUAUAUAUAAUCCAUUUGUCUAUAUGUGGGGUGUGUGAACAACUGCGUGACUUCAUCGUAAAACAUAACUUACAAUACAGCUAUAAAUCUCAUCUGAGUUAAGCUGUAUUUCUUGUUAUUACCGUUUAUACCUUGUGGUAUUUUCUAGAAAUCUUGCUUUUCUGCGAGGAAUUAUUUUUUGAAUCAUAUUUGUUAUUGUUUUGACUUGCUUGUUUUUCUCGCUUCCUUCCUCUAAAUGUUACGUUGCAAAUUUUAGUAAUCUUACUGUUUUACAUGCUAAAACUUCUCACAUUAAUAAAUAGCCCAUCAGUUUUUAUGUUUAACAUUUCAUUAUUUUAAAUGAAAGAUGUAGUACCUAAAGGUAUUCAUUUUUACCGAAAAGUUAACUGUAAUGUGAGGGGAUUCCGUAACCUAGUACGAUAACACAAGACUCCUACAAUAGUAGUACCGAUUAAGUAUUCGUGCCGCAACUGACCUUUAAUUAUAAAUGUGUUACUGGUAGUAAAUGAUGCUAACUAGACUAGUGACCGUACUGCAAUCUGAUUGACAGAAGUCAGUCUGCACUGAGGGACUGGGCGAACAUGAUGUUGACCACUACUUUUUAGCUGUCAAUUAAUUGUGUCUCAGUUCUACAAAAAGUUACUCGUAAUUCAACUGUCUAAGUAGUAACGUCUCAGGUUGUGGAGCUGGACGACAGGAGUUCGAAUCCCACUGGUUGCAUCUGUCGUCUCUAAACUACAAGCACCCUUUGUUGUCGAGUACCAACUAAAACGAAACGUAGGCCGAGCAGGAUUUCCUUUUGGAUACUUUACAACACCUAACUGUUCAUGUAAUUCAUUUACUACGUAUAUCUUUGACUACUCAGCUUUAAGAGUCACACUUUUGUGUAAAAAUUCAACUGAUAAUGCCCAGAUCCUUAAACCCAUGGUUAUGCGAGUUUUUAACCUGGUACCUACAGUUUUAAAGCUGAUGGUUUAAGCAAUAAGCCACUUCUCUACUGGCAGUGGCGUUUCAUUUGCUAAAAUGAAUUUCAAUAAUCCUUUCACAUAUAAAGUGUAGAAAAAAUAUGGAACAGUUAUUGCCAAAUAAAAAAUAGUGUUUUUAUUCUUUCAAAGUGAAAAUGCUUGAUAACAUGUCUCAUAGAACAUUGUUCCGUCUUAUUUAAGUCAUCGUAUUCUCUAGUGAAAUAAUAUUUGUAAUUUGUUUGUCAGCUAUUAUUUUCUCUACAAUCUUGUUUCUUAUCUGACUCCUUUUUAUCCGUAAAAUUCUCGAAACUCAUUUCAUUUCGCCACAAGUUAAAGUUAAUGUCUUUUUCCUCUCUCUUUAUAAGCUCUUUUUACCUUCCUAUCAUCUAAGAAAUCUAACCGCUCAUAAGCAUUAAAUUUUGCAUUGUUUUGUUCAUAUCAGUGAUCAAACAUACUUUCUUCUUUAUUUGGCUUCGAAGCCCACUUUUUUUUCCAUAUCGUCUAGUUGUAAAUAUAAGGUAGUCUAAUCCAAUGAAGAUGAAUUGAAGCACAAUCCAAGUCAUGUACUUAAAUAAGUAAGCUCUAUUCCUUCACAUUAAUUAUCACAACUAUCUUCACUCCGAGCGCGGGGUGGGUCCGCCCUCCUUCUCGAAAUACUCUCACACGGCCACGCGUAUACAGCCUCCGCCAGGGAAGUCCUACUCACUGACUUCUCGUGGCAUUACUGUUGUUUACGAAAAUGAGAAAACGAAAAGCGAAUGUCCGGCGCUUUAACCGGAUCCCAAACCAAAACAAUGGUGCACAUGGGCUCCAGUAUCCUGAGGGAACAAAUGGCGUAUGAACCGAUUCCUUGGUCAGCGGCCACCAUGGGACCGCAUCUCCUCACGAUGCUCCACUGCCUUGUGGGUUAGACCUUUAGGUCAAAGGCUCAGGGUGUAGCCCCCUAAGAAAACCAUCUGCUUCGGUUUGGGCACCCGUGUAGUAUCUCAGCCCGCACAUGAAAGCAUGAUAAACUCGUCAGUGAGAGCAGUUUUGCUCUACGCUUGUGAAACCUUGCCUCUCCGAGUUGAGGAUGUUAGACGACUCUCUGUGUUCGAUCAUCGUUGUCUCCGAAGGAUUGCUGACAUCCAAUGGCAACACCAUGUUAGUAAUGCAGAGAUUCGGCAUCGUGUGUUCGGGCACAGAGACGAUAAUGCAAUCGGUGUCACCAUCUUGAAACACCGACUUCGGUGGCUUGGACAUGUUCUACGAAUGUCGUCCCAGAGAAUUCCACGUCGUGCAUCAUUUGCCGACACUGGGACUAGUUGGAAAAAGCGGAGAGGUGGUCAGUGUAUGACAUGGUGUCGUGGCAUAAAAGAAAGCUGCAAAGGACUGGCUUGUGUUGGUCCUUCACGAAUCCCUAGCUAGUGUCCGAGAGAUGGUGCAACACAGUGGGUAGAGACGUUAUGAGAUAUGGCUCAGAAUAGAAGCCAGCGGCAAUGCUGCUGUAACCUUCUUUUACUUUCUUCAUUAAAAAAGUUGGCUGUAUCUUCCUUAACUGAAGGAUUUCUUCUGAUUGUACCUUUCCGUUCCCCCAUUAUCACUAUUAUUAUUACUACACAACCUUACACCAAUCUCUUCCUUAUUGUUCUUUUUUUACUCUCCUUACCUUUUUUUCUUUUUCCUUCUCUUUAAAUUCUCAUUGUUUUGUGUGGCGUAUAUAUAUUUAGCGCACUCUUGUACCAAUAUGUAUGUUUUCAAAUAGAAAAACUUAAACUGUAUAUUGAUAUUGAUUUAGUAAUGCAACUUGAAGUUGAUAAGACAUUUCGAUAUAAUCGACAUCCAUACGAAUUAUCCCAUUUUUUGUUUGUUACAUUAGCUUUGAUUUUUUUUCUAUUUUUUCCAGUGAAACAUUAUCUUCAUCAUUCUACAUGUUUCUUUACUAAUCACUUUUUUCGAAAUUACUAACUAUCAUAUUUGUGUGUGUGGAGUGGAAUACUGUUGCAGAGAGCUAGCUGAAGCCGGUGGUUUCUUUACCAGGAUACUCUCCGAGCCCUUGAUCUAGAGGUCUGGUACACAAGGCGUUGAAGCAAGGUCAGAAUGUGCAGUUUCCUGGUAGCUGGUAGUCAAAAUGGAUUCACAUUUCAUUCGUUCUCUCCGAAUUCCGGAGCCCAUAAAUAACUUUAUGGUUCGGAAUCAGAGUUUCCAGAUCCUCCAUAUCUACCGACCCAAUUUUGGUCCUAGGAUUUAUCGUCCCGUCACUUUCGUGAACAACACCCUUGCUGUGUAUAGGCAGUGAUAAGGACUUCAUCCGCAGAAGCUAUAAGCACAUGGCCGUAUGAGAGUGUUUCUAUCGGUAGAGAGGAAUCUCCCAACUGUCGGUCAUACUAGGGCAUUUGGGGGACUCUAAGGCCCUCCUUGUUCAUGUUAAUACAAAAUUAUUAUUACCUUGUUUUUAUUUUCUUCUGGUAGAUAACCUACUUCUUUUAAAUGAUCCAAAAGUUGAUAAGGUCUAUCGUAUUCUACCAAUCGACUUCGAAUACUCUGGUUAUAAUUAUCGUGCUUUUGAUGUUGGGAAUCAUUUUAAUGAGUGGUGUUAUGAUUACACGAACCCUGAUCAACCGUAUUAUGUUCACAACAUUGAAAAUUACCCAGAUCGUUCAAAACAAAGGCUUUUUUGGAAAGCAUAUCUAACUGAAACUUAUUCAAAUGUAGAAAAUGAUCAUUUUAAUAAAAGAAAUGGUAAUUUCAAUUGUGUUGAUAAUUAUGAACAUAAUAAUAAUGUUGUUCGAUUUGCUAAUCAUCAUGAAGAGGAUUGUGAUUAUGAAAAUUUAUGGAUUGAAACAAUCUAUGGUUCAUUAUUAUCACAUUUAUUUUGGUCUGCAUGGUCACUUGUUCAAAGUCAAUUAUCAAGUAUUCAGUUUGAUUUUAUGGUAUGUAUGUUUUACCAUGUAAAUAAUGAAAGUGUAUUCUCAGAAGGGGUUUGUGGAGAUUUUAGAAAUUUCACGGAUUGAAAUCAUGAGACAAUUGAAGCUAGACCACCAUGGAAAACACGGAAGCACUGGACGGCCGUUUCGUCCUAGUAGUACUCCUGGAGUUCUAGUGAGAAGCCGUUACCAGUGGAGUUCAACCAGGUCUGUUGUGAGAUAUCAGCUCACUGAAGACAAUGGUGUUCGGUGGCGCAACUUCGUGGAUUGGUUGAAGUUAGACAUUAACACCGUUGGAUGCCGGCUCAGUGGUCUAGUGGUUAAGUGCUCGCGCGCGAAACCAGUAGGUCCUGGGUUCGAAUCCCGCUGUGUGCGGGAUCGUGGAUGCGCACUGCUGAGGGGCCCCAUACUAGGACGAAACGGCCGUCCAGUGAUUCCAGGUUUUCCAUGGUGAUCUAGCUUCAAUUGACUCAUGAUUUCAAUCUGUGAAAGUGUAUUCCUUGAAUUUCAAGAUAAUUUAUUGUCCUGUAUAUAAGAGGCAGAGAUUAGUCAUAUCAAGAAUAUGAGAUGGUAGAUGCUGUACAUUUUCAGGUGAUUAGUCAUUGUUACAUGUGAUAAUUCGUGUUGAAUGAAGCACACUUUAUGUUAAGUAUCAUUGUCAUACUUUUGGUGCUAUGUAAUGGGAAUCAAUCAUUUGAUUAUUCACUGAACAACUUAGUUGUAAGUAUCAGUCUGUUUUUGUGUUUAAUUUUUAGCUAGUUAGCCUUCUAAUUUAAUGGUUUUAUCAAAUUGGCUCUUAAGAUAGUAAGUUGUCUACUCACAAUUAUUCAACAGUUCUGGUGUGAAUUGUCUUUACUAGUUUAAUCAAAUUCUUUCAGUAUCUUUUAGGAGUACGUUGUUUAUGCAUAUGUUCAUAUCUGAGAUAGCGCUAACUCGUAAGAAUAUUUACUUGGACGAGAAUAAUAACUGCAUUGGUGAGAAAAUAUUUGUCAUUUGUGAUAUGGUUCAAAACAGUUACCUCUCUAUUUCGUUAAUCAAAUUCGACUUCAGGUGAAAUACAAAACUGUUGGGGUAUUUGAACUCCGUAAACUACUUUCUUUUUGCUAUAUUUGGAAUUUUGUCUUUGUGCCAAAAUUCUUUACAGCAGCCAUCUAUCAGUUUUACUAAGAGCAAAGAUGCUUUUUCUCUGUUGGUUCGUUAUUCUCGUAUGAUACUAAUCCUUCACCUCACUCUCAUAGAUAUUAACUAUUUUCAUACAGGGAUGUCUAUUUCUGUAAUUAUAUUUCUUUAUUACCAUACACUAAAUCUUCAGGACACAAUUUGUCAUAUGGAUUACUCCGACCUUAGUAAAAAACGAAUUCAAUUGAACUAACUAGUUACUCACUAUAAUGAUAAGCCGUAACCGAAACGCUAUCAGUGUACUUCAGUCACUGAGUAUUGUUUUUCAGCUAUUGUUUAAAAUGUCAACCGUUUUCAUCUAAUAAAACAUGCUGUUUUAGUGACCAGACUGUUAUCUGAAUUAAUUUUGACCAAGUAGAUCUAUUCAUUUUUUUACGUCGACGAUAACCAAAAGAAGCCUUGAGUUAUAAUGAGAUUUGAAAUGUUCUGUUGAGCGUUUUGGAACUUCAAAAUAUAUGUUGUUGCAUGAUUUGAGACAUCACAUUAUGGUAUUGGGCAAUCGAAUUUUGAAUGUAACGGUUCUCACUUGAAAAAUACGUAUUAAACUGUAAUACAUUAUGUACGUAUUAUUAUGCAAAUUUUCCAAUUCACUUUUGCAAAUAGUCAAUGACAAAACGGCGAACAAAAUAAUCUCCGCUUUGAGAUAGAGGGCUUCCAUACAAUACAUGAUUAUCCUUCUAAUUAUUGAAAUAUUCUAAUCUGUUUUUAUAUUUAUUGUUUCUUUUUUAGGAUUAUGCUAAAGUUCGUAUGAAACAUUAUCAUCUUAUGAAAUCUUGGUUACCACGCGAACAUUUGUGAAGAAAACGCACAUAUCCGAAUUUUUACUCAUUUGUUUGUUUCUUUUUUUUAUCACAGGAAAUAGAUAACCAUUUGUUUAGUAUAAUUUCUAGGAUAAAACAAAUUAAUUAUUCACAUGAUAAUGAUGAUCGUAACUUUCAACUAAUUUAUCACUGGAUUUGUGCUUUUUGUGUACAUUUGUAAGUGUUUUACUAUAAAAAAAGCCUGGUUUGUUGCAUAUGUGUGUCUACACGUUUGCUACCGUAUUACACAUCACCCGGUUAGUAGUAUUUCGAAAAAAAGACCACAAUCUGUGAUAUUAAUGAGCAAAUUAUUAUUAUUUUUGUUAGAACAAAGUUGAUAACUUAAAUCUUUAUUCUUGAGUAGCGUUUUCAUGCUUUUCUUACCUUUAAUAUCCUUUAUUUCUUUUCUAGUCUUCCAAUUUACACUUGUAAUUAUCAUUUUAAAUUGUUAAUCAUAUAUUUUUGUUUGUUUGCUUGUUUAUUAUUUUGUUUCUACUUAUUUCAGUUGUUUCCUUCGUAUUGUUAUUUACUAACAAAUUCUACUAUUUUUGAUAGAUCAACUUAUUUACAGACAAAUAUUUCCAGUGCUUUAAAAACAACGAUAUAUACUUUUCGAUUGUUAACUUAUGGAUUUUCGUAAUACUGAAUAAUUCUGUCUUCAUUUGAUAUAUAUAUUAGAAUACUUAAACUGAUUUUAAUCCAAAGAAUGUGUAACUGACUAAUUCUCUAAAUUGAUAAAAGACACCAAACUGUUGGUUAGAUGGGUACAUUUAUAAAACAUAUCAGGUAUAAUAAUUCAUAAAUCAAUUGGUGUUAAUAUAGCUGUUGUUAAUGUAAUCAUAAGUGUAGAAUCCCAAUUAAAGUUACUUUACAACUCCAAAAUGUUAUUGUUGAGAAAUAUAUAUAUAUAUAUAUAUAUAUAUAUAUAUAUAUAUAUAUAUAUAUAUAUAUAUAUAUAUAUAUAUAUAUAUAUAUAUUUAUUUAUUUAUUUAUUUAUAUCUGUUAUGAUAUUCCACUGCAAUCAGACUAAAUGUUCCAGUAUUUUUGUUCAAACAAAUAUUAUCCAUCUUUGCUUAUAAUGCUUGUAAAUUAAGGCAAUAUCGAGGCAUAUGCCAAUAAGAGACUGAUCAAUUUCAAUCCUAAAACAUCAAUGGAAAGUUUCAAGUUAAACAAUACCAAGUGAAUUAAAUAUUAUCUGUCUAAUAUUUACUGAUUUGAAAAAUUGUACUAGCUUGCUUACAUCUGAAUGGCUCAUUUAUAAUUUUUGUGUGUUUAAUUACUUACACAAUUACACUUUCCCAUAAAAUGCAAAUGACGGAUUAAUCAAAACUGCUCUUCAUCUGCUAAGUGAUGCAGUAUAAAUAGCUUUAGAUAUAUUGGUACAAAUAUGUUAUAAAUCACCAGUUUCUUUUUCUAAUUACUACCUAAUAAAGUCAGUCAUUAAUUAAUAAUGUAUUAUAUUAGUAUUGACAAAUAAUAAUUUGUUUUUUAUAAGUGAACAGCAUUAUUACGAUCGACCACUAAUUUUAUUAGCCUGACCAUAUUCUAUUUUGAAUCGACUUGAACGAAAGAAACAUACUAAUUAAUUAAAAUAAUACAUAAGUUUGCACACUGUUCUCUGUUUUACAUUUAUUAAAAAAUCUUUUCAAUAUAGGAUGUAUUAAGUUUGGAUUUUUAGAACUAUCUCUAUUCAAUGAUUUACUAUAAUGCAGUAAAUAGAGACGUGCAGAAUUCGGAAUUUGUCUUAUAAUAUACUUCAUAAUUUUUGC